AUGCCUGUCUUAUCUCAUUUAGAGUAUAUCUAUCAUCAUUUGUUCUUCCCACCGAAGCUCCCCCAGGCGGAUGACGCCAAUCCAGAAGCAUUCCACGCUCUUCACGGAAUGCUGCAAGAUGCAUUGAUCAAGUAUGCAGAAGCGGUCGGCAGUGGUGAUUUGAAACUGGGGAAUUGUUCUGCAAUGUUGGAAAGUUUUCGCCAGGGCCGACAGCCUGAUGGAAGUCUAAUUGCAGAGCAUUUGGACAACGUGCUCCAGGGCGCCCUUAGUGACAGAGAAGCUUCUCUUGAGACACUUGACGUUGUCGAUUUUGACGCGCUUCGACCCCUCCUAGCAUUCGAGAUCAGGGCGCAAAAUGCAGGAGUUAUAGUAUCGUCCAGAGCUGGACGGUCAUGUGUCUUUGAGCUGUUCGAGCUAUCGCCAGACUCCGCCUCGAUUAUGGCAGCUGAAGGAAGACUUCGUCGCCCUUUCCCCGGCUCGUUCAUUGAAGUUUCAAAGGAACGCCUGAAUGAUCCGGCAUUUCGGGCCGCCUUGGUCGAUACAUUUUACAAAAUGGAUUCAGAGUCUGUCAAUGACACUAUCCCUCACAUCAGCAAAGCCUCGACAAGCAUUCCAGAGAUACGUGAUACGGCUCAUCCUCGGUUGGUUACUGAGCUCGUCAGAGAAAUUUUACGUGCUGUCGGCCAGGAUGUGCAGCUACCUCUUAUUCAGAAGAAUACAAGGGACGAUGUGUUGUGGCACAAUGCUCUUACGCCCUGGCGACGGUCACCGACUUGGCUACUGUUGCGGGUUUCGAUCCAACGGUGCCUCCUCGAGCAAACGCAUGGAAGCGAAGACUCGGGGCACUACAAGCCGUUCAUGAUUUAUUUCUUCGCACAAGUCCUGAAGUUAUCUGCUCAACCCGAUAUUCCACCUGACAGGCGUCAGGUCAUGAGAAUGAAGAUUAACCGCCGCUUGUUAAAGCUAAAUCCGGAGGGGAACGAGCCAUGGUUGUCGGAAGUGGAACGCAUAUUGAGAUCGAGCUACAUGGAGGACCUCCGACGUUGGCGUCAGCUGGAAAUGUUGGACGACCCGGACGGUGCCUUCGAGAGAUUCGCUACUACCGGAGAGUUCUCUGUUGAUGACACAGUACUGUCGCUCGUUUCUUUGCAUCCGUAUCUGGAUAUUGUCAUGCAUCGACCACCCAACCCCGCCGGUUAUGGUAUCCCACCGGUCAAAUUCCUCGAACGCACCUCUGUCGGGCCUCGAUCGCUCCCUGUGAGACCGCCAGGAGAGCAACAAGCUAUGCUGGCUCUGUGGCUUCGAGACGUGGAACACUGGGUGGAGAUUCAUCUUGACGAGUGGUCGGGUUGCAGCGUCUCGGAUGGAAAGGCUGUCGUGGGGCUAGCAGACAUCAUGCGUGAAUAUCGAAGUACAGCUUUAGAGGUAUACGAGGGUGAUCCAGUCAACUACUCGCUCAUGUGCCUGACAUUGAUGGAGCUGUGGGCGGAAAUGGACCGUCGGACUUUACGGGCGGUACCCUUGAUGCGUGAUUUCUCUUCCGAAUGGACACACGAAAUGCUCCAACCUUUGCUUCUUCCAAAGUAUUCUCAGAUGGAAAGAUUGCGAAAGAUCGAACAAUAUUUGACUGAAAGAGGUUGUCGGCUUACUCCAAGUCCAAAAUCAAUGUUUUGCAGCGUCAUGAACAGCAGCGCAUUUGCAGUGCGCUACUACAAUACGUCUGCUGCUCAUCAAGACCUUCGCCGACAAAUCGAAAAUUCUGCUCAGCGUGAGAGGGACCAGAAAAUGUCAGAAUUGGCUCAAAAGAAAUCCCGACGUGACACCCUUCUUCGAGAAUCGAAUCAACUUCAGUGCUCCUACAUCGAGGUACAUCGACAGUAUGGUGACACGGAAGUGCAUAGUCCGCAUUGCCGAAAAUGCAGACUCAAGAGUGAAGCCGCAAGCCUCGAGAUCUACGUUCACGAAUGGCCACUUCCAGCAAAGGAAGAUGAACUCAAGGCAGCUAUUUUUGAACUUGACGUUCCUCCCAUCGUCCAAGCUUGGCGAUGUGCCUCCUACUCUUUGAAGAUGGAUGUCUUCGCUCGGAACAGCCUCCAAGAGCGUGGCGCAGAUCGCAUGCACCAAUUGCUCACCUACGAAGGCCUCAGGUGUUGGGUUCGAACGCCACACGCUCGUUUUGGACUAGCGUCAUCGGCAAAACCUUUCGUGUUGUCGCACUAUAACAAGAGAAAGAUAUCAAUCGCGACAGUGGAAAGUGUGUGUGUGGCUCAAGGAAUGCAGUUGGCUCUCUACGACCUUUCCCAACGCCAGCUGACUUCCAAUUCUGGCAAUGAUUUCGACAUCCGACCCCAGUGCACGUUCGAAGUGUCAUCUGGACCCUACCGAAAUCUCCAAGACACGUUGACCGGAACUACUCACACGUCCAACGAGAUUAUUGCUCGUCAAGCGUCGUGUGAUCAAAGACUCACAGCACAUGAAUAUUGUGCCUUCGGUGAUCUACGAGCUGGCGAGCGGCUCCAGCUGUAUAACGUCGCCAGAGAACUGGCUUCUGCUGUGCUCAACUUUACGCACGAGGAUGUUUCAUUGCUGUUUCAACAAGCCGUAUGGCAAGUGGGCUCCAGUUUGCCGGAGACCGCAUGGCGCCAAGCCCAUACUCCUCUUGCGGAGAGAAACUUUACGAAAGACCUCUUGGCCGUCGUGAAAGAGACCUUCAAUAAGCACGAGACCAACUGGCAAGGGACGAAUGCCAUCCGACUGAUGGGUGUUCUUGCCCAGCGCCUGCUGUCUCUCUCUCCGCAUGAGGACAUUCGCAUAGAAUGCUUAGCUUUUCUGAAACAAAUCCGUCACACGACAUUGACAUGGGCCCGGGAGCUUGAUGGGUUAUUUGCGAGAACGAAUGACCACGCAGAACGUAGCAAUAUUAGUCGGCGCCUUGUGGCAGCUGCAAACGUGACACUGAUCACCUUUGAUGCCGAAGCGUCGCAUUACAGCAGUGUAUUGGAAAGCAGUAGUGACGUUGCUGAAUAUUGCGAGUGUCUGAUCCUGUUGAACAAUCAUGCGCCGUUGCAACAAGUACGAGCCUUUGACACGACGCGGUCUGAACGACUGAAAGUUGCCCGAGCACACGAGUUACUUCUUCACGAACUUAUUGCCACCGAUGCAGAGGGCCUUAAUGCAGCAGUCAGGAAGGUUUGGUCUGGGUUUCAUCCCCAUGGAUCGUGGCUGCCUCUUCAAUCGGAAUUGCGCCAGUGGCUAGAGAUGUGCAUUUCGGCAGAUGGAGAACGAGUUGCACGCACCAUUCACUUCAAUACACUUUCCGGCGAAUUGCUAAUUGAUGGCAUUCCACUUUCAAGACUUCCUAGUACUGUCAGCGAGCACAAGACGUUUGAACGGUUGUUUGGCAAGCAAAUUCUUGAUGUCGCUCCGUCGUCAAUGCUGGGCAUGCAAUUCAUGUCCAAACGAGACAUAUGCGGACACAAGGUACACUUUAGACUGGAUGGUGCCGACCUCUUCAUUCGAUCCGAGAAAUCUGGCGUCGUCCAAGAGCUGAUCCCGACGUCUCGCCUUGAAGGCGACUUUCCGCAUUUCAUGAUCCAUGAAUAUUUCUAUUGGUUCGACCUGGGGUCACAACAUGUGGAAUGGAGACCCCGUACACAGCCAUGGUCUUCCUCCUCUAAUCGGUGGUGGCUUGUGCGCAAAGAGCAGGGGUAUGUGCUGAGGAAAGGGAGCCUCUCUCUCAUCGAUAUUCGAAGUGAGAGGGCGGAAACAUUAUCUAGGGUGCUGGCAAGCCUCGAGGUCCGAGAACACAUCGUCAUGACCUACGAUGAGCAUUCCCAAACCACCCACGUGCGACUGCCACGAAUGCAACUAGACUUCACUAUAGGCCAAGGAUCACCUCUUCUCGCUAGCAAACAAUUUCCCGGAACGGUCGUCGAUGAAACACAGACAUUUGGCACAUUUACAGGGUUGCGGUCCAAAUUGGUUUUGAGGUCCAACGACCGGGUGAGUCGCAAAGUUAUUAUCCCCUUCGGUCGACCUCACUCCAUCCCACUUGACGAUCAUGUCGAGACGACGGUCUCACCAGGUUCCUCGGAAAAGAUCAAAUAUAUGGUUUAUGACGUUGAUAUGCACCUUGGGCGAAUGAUCGGAGACCAGUCGACCUUGAAGAGCCUCUACAAAAGCUACCUGCACGCAGUGACUUCAUCAUGCUUCCCUGAUAUGCUGACCGGGAGGACUGGUACAGAGGAAGCGCUCACCGUCCUUGGUCAGGGAUCGAUGUACUCAUUUACUAGCCUUGGACAGACAGAAAAAUGGCUUUUAAGCUUACUAGCUACCCUAACGCCCAAGAGGGAGUAUUACCCCAAGCACCUCAAAGUAAUGCAAGAGGUCAAGUGGAAUAACUCUCUGUCUCUAUUUUCACAGCACCCACGCUUCAGGUCCGCUGUGGAAAGAAUAUUGGCUCAUGAGCAUAUUCUCAAUAUGUUCCACGACGGCUGCGAGCGAAACACGCCAUUACCUGCCAGCGACGCUCAUCUGUUGAUCCGCGGUGCACAGCACGAUGCGCAGAUCCGUGUCUGCGACUUCGGGGCCGAAUUACCGUGCUCAGUCGCGGAUCAUCGAUCUCGAGACACAAAGGAGCAUUCAAGAGAGAUAGAAGCGGUAUCCACAGUCUCCAGGUUAGUGGAUGAAUGGUCUACGAACCUACGUGUCAGUAGAGACCUCUUCGGCCUACUCAAAGCUCAAAAGAGGGCUAUCCUAGGUUACUCGCCCUCACUGAUCCUUGGUUACGAUCCAUUAUGGCUGGAACCUCCUGAAACCACCAUUCCAGAAUACUGGUGCUCUCUUCAAACCGUGAUGUCGGCAAGCAAUCAAGAAGAGCAUAGAUACCCGAUAAUGUUCCUGCUCGCGACUAUGGCGUAUACUCCAAAAUCCGAUCCUGUGUUGUUGGAGACGUUGCUUGCGUUCUCUACCGUUGCUGACCUCGCCGGGACGGAACCACCGCCGUUUCCAGUGUUCGACCUCAAGUAUGGUUGUGAACCACAGAGGCAGCGGCUAGGCGAGAUUAUCAAAUCAAACGCCUUUGGCUUUCACGCAUCGCCGCAGCUUGCUCUGCCGAAGGUUGUCUAUGAGAACAAGAAGCAAUACACUGCACGACUGCAAAAGCUCUAUGAUCAAUCUUUGAACCGAGUUGCUAAUAGCAUCAUCGACCACUUUCUCCAGCAAUGGCCUCGCGUUCAGCUCAUUAGACCCGACUUCGAUGAGGAACGAGAUCAGUAUUUAGAUAUGGGAAAGAUCAUACCUGCUGCAAGACGAUUGUUCGCCACUUGGUAUCACAAUUCUGAAUUUCGGAACUACGUGCUUCGAGCACAAACUUCACUCGAGAGGUUGGUGCCAGGUCUGCGUGAAUAUGUGCGCUACCAAAGUACGGAUAGAACGACCAAUGAGACGCAAGCAACAACCUAUCUGGUUUGGGACCGCUUGUUCCACAGCCGCCCCACUGCCUACGAUCCAACCGCCGUGAAAUUCAAGUUUCCCGUGGUUCACCGGCGCAGAGUACACAAUGAUACGGCAGAGAUUGACGCUCUCGUACAACGUGCUCUGCCAAGCGGGCGCAACUCAUUUGAAGCUCAGUACCUACACGACUUCCAAAAAAGCAUCAGCUCCUUAAACGACUUGGAAGACAUCGCUCUCACUUUCAAAAAUGAAGCACCGCCUACAGCUGGGAAAGACCUCAUGUCGGACUGUGCACGACAAGUCCAAAAAAGUCUGCAGCAGAUUCGGGAUUUGCUCAAAUGCCAGUUGAGCAGAGCUGAGUUUGUUGCGACCGAGCUCGAUUUGGGUCCACGACUGGGAAUCACAUCCUUCCUGAGAUGGCUCACACAACUUCCACCGACAUUGGUUGGGCGACAAUGGAGAGCCGUGUUAAUGGAAAUGGCGAUCCGGAUUACACAAUGGCAGCGAGCUUCCCGCUUGGUUGCGUGCGAUCAUGAUACCCAGGCCGUGAUUGAUGAGCUCGCCUAUGAGCCGCAUCGUGACUGGGAUCCUUCAGAACGACCAGAAUGGAUGCUGCUGCAACUGGAAGGAAAUUUCCUGAUUCGUCCGCAGCAAGUUGACAUCGCCCAGCAAAUGAUAUCCCCACCAACUGGACGAAAUACGGCCAUACAACUCAAUAUGGGUGAGGGCAAAUCAUCUGUGAUCAUACCCAUGGUUGCGGCUACAGCAGCCAAUACGAACCAACUAGUCCGAGUUAUUGUUCUGAAACAAUUGGCGAAUGCAAUGCUAGAAAUCCUGCUCAACCGCCUUGGAGGGCUUCUUGGCCGGCGGAUCAUUUUCCUGCCGUUCUCUCGAUCUGUUAAUUUGUCCACCAGCCAGCUUGGGGAACUGCGUCAGUUUCUCGACAGAUCCAUGAAAAUCGGCGCUGUCAUGCUCGCGCAGCCAGAACACAUCUUGUCAUUCGAACUUUACGGUCCUGAUCGAUGUCUUCGCGAAGCCAGCCACGAGGGCUGUGCGGCGAUAGAUCUGCAGAAAUGGCUUGAUGACCAUGUUCGUGACGUGCUGGAUGAAAGUGACGAGCUUCCAAUCCAAAAUACCAACUAA